CACAGCGACAGACACCGCUUCUGGCCUAUCGCAUCAGAGUCGGACCCCCUCCGUCCUCUCUCUCCCUCCCUCACUACCUCCCUCCCCUGUGCCCUGCCCACCCCGGCGGUCUCUUCUCCAGCCCUGCCAGAGCCAAUCCGCGACUGGGUGUAAGUAGGGCAAGCCGCUUCCUGGUUCUCAGAAAGAAGGAGCUGGAGUCGGAGUGGGCCAGCGGAGGCAGCACACAGGGGGUCAGAGCAGCCCAGAGAGCCGGCGGUCUGCACAGACAAGAGACGAGAGGACCAACAAGAAAAACGCCGACGUACAAUUUGGCGAGGAUUAAAACCUCCCGGGUGUCGAUCUGAGGACGAAAGCAGCGGUGACCCCCCCCCGGUGGAGAAGAAAAGACAAGAGCUGUGAGGAUAGAAACAAAAAAUAAUAAGAAAAAGAAGUAGGCUAGGCAGGGUGGGACGGAAUAAUCCAGGAAGUGUGGAGGACGGUCAGGUGGGAGGCGACGAGUCUAAACAGGUGACACACCGGCACUCAGGUGUAUGACCUCUGCUGAUCUCCGGGCAAAGGACCAAAGAGGAGGGGGACGAGUGAGAGGCCGAAGAAAGCAGGCACCCAUCUUCUCCUGGGUUUAUGGACCGGAGGUGGCAAUGUCUCCAGGAGAGGACGGUCUGAUUGGGAUCCCCUUCCCGGAGCACAGCAACGAGCUCUUGUCCCACCUAAAUGACCAGAGGAGGACAGGACUACUCUGUGACCUCACUCUGACGUCCCGCGGGGCACGCUACCCAACUCAUCGCUCUGUCAUGGCCGCUGUCAGUCUCUACUUCCGCCGGCUAUUUGGGGCAGAGGAGGGGGGCGGCGAGGGCGGAGGAGGUUUCAGCGUGUGCCAGCUGGACUGUGUGGCCCCCGACGCUCUGGACGCCCUGCUGGAGUUUGCCUACACUGCCACCCUGACCAUCCCCAGCUCUGGGAUGAGAGAUGUGCUGCGAGGGGCUCAGCUUCUGGGCAUCCAGUGUGUGGCUGACGCGUGCAGAGACAUCCUGGGGGAGACGGCUCAGGCGGAGGGGGAGACGGCAGAGGAACAGAGAGCCCAACACACAGCUACUGAGAGGAUGGCGAGGGGAGAGAGCAGGGUGGAGAGAGGGUCCCGAAGAAAAACGGACAAAAAGAAGGUGAAAAAAGUUGGUUCACAUCACUUCAACUCCUCGGUUUUGAACCCACCACCUGCUUCUCCCGUCUCGCACCCUUCACCUGCAUCCGACAGCCUUCGCUCCCUGCCGUCUACCCAGCCUCCGAGCCCUGAACAGGAGGAGCUUCGCCUCAAAUCCAGGCAAAACGGAGAUUCCAGUGCGAUCAGAAAGCCAGGUAGAGGGGCCACACUAAAUGGAGGGCUUUUUCACUGGCUGCAUGAGCGCCCCCAUAUAGCCCAUCCUCCUCCUGUCCCGCCCUUGAACGACAAGCUGUCAGAGGAUGAGGACAUGGAGGGUUUUGGCGACGAUGGUAUGCUGAUGGAAAGCACCUCCUUACCUACCUCUGUAGCUGAUCAAAGAGCGGCGGCAUCAGCAGCGGGAGGUGGGAGGAAGAGGAAGUCUCAGACGCCCCAGCAGUGCCCUGUUUGUCAGAAGAUCAUCCAUGGAGCAGGAAAACUGCCCCGACACAUGAGGACACACACUGGAGAGAAGCCCUUCCAAUGCUCUGCUUGCGGAGUCCGUUUCACCCGGAAUGAUAAGUUGAAGAUCCACAUGAGGAAACACACUGGUGAGCGUCCUUACCCCUGCCCGCACUGCCCUGCCCGGUUUCUCCACUCAUACGACCUCAAAAACCACCUGUCCCUCCACAGUGGGGCGAGGCCCUUCGAAUGCCCGCUCUGCCACAAGGCCUUUGCCCGAGAGGACCACCUCCAGCGUCACCGCAAGGGAGACAGCUGCCUGGAGCUGCGCACACGCCGGCCCAGACGUGGGGCUGAGCUUGGGGAGGAUGGGAGUGAGGAAGGAGGCGGGAGAGAGCAGUCCAACCCUCUGGAGGCUCUGUCUUUACAGGCCCACUCCUCGGCGUUUCUCCCUCGCACGAUGCUAGAUGGCGGGAGUGGAUCCGGUGUCGGCCCCCCGCUGAUGUUUCCAGUUGACGAGAGGGAGCGGUCUCUCGCCCUUCAGGCUUUGGCUCAACUUGGGCCUCACAGGCUGGCGGGCUACCCUGAGCUCUUCCUGCGAGGUCUGGAGCUGCGAGGGGGCAAAGAGGCAGAGGGAGAAGAUCCAGGAGGAACCCACUCGCCGGCUGCGCAGCAGGACCGAUGGGCUGACGAAGUUGAAGAGGAAAUUGGAGAAGAAGAAGCGGAGGAGGAGGAAUAGUGAAAAGAGGGUUGUGUGUGUGUGUGUGUGUGUGUAUGUGUGUGUGUGUGUGUGUGUGUGUGUGUGUGUGUGUAUACCUGUGCGUGUCUGUGUGGUAAAGCAUCCACAGUAAAAAAAAAUCUCACUCAGGUGGCUGGACUAAUGACCUUCUGCUCCAAUAUAGAGAGCGCUUAAAAAAAUAAAAAACAACUAAAUGUUAUUAAAAGAAAAAAAAAUGGAAAACGGGUUUUCUUAGAUAUUUUAAAUGUUUGUCUUCUGGCCCUUUGCAUUUUGAUUUCAUUUGUCUUUUUAGAUUUUAUUUCUCGUUUGCUGUUUAAUUUUAUGUAUUUCAGGUUUGAGCUGUUUGGUUUGAUUUUUCUAGCUGGACAUGCGUGUGUUGCGUGUGUGGUAACUGGGAUGCUUUUCACUAUGCAAACUAAAAUCCGGAGCUGCGACAUGAAGGGAUCUUUAAAGAAGUUUAUUUUAGUUACAACACAAAUGUAUUGAUGCAGGUGCAAUUCAAAAGUCAUAGCUCCUAGAUCACAAGAAUGAGUUUGUGUGCCCGCUGUCCUCUGGUGGUUAUCAUUAGAAAGGCAGUGCAAUUAAUCAAACUAAUUCUGUACAUUGUCAGCAAUAAUGUUCGUUGUGUCUUUUCUUGUUAGUGGUAAUCUUUGCUUUGACUUGGUGCUUAAACCAAAGAUUUUUAGUUCAACUGUUUUCUUAAGUCUUAAGUUAACAGGAGAGGAGAGAGGUGAAUUGUAGCCAAUGUUGGGUUUAAAGAGAAGACUCUUCCCAACUGUUUUGAUAGCCAUGAGAAAGAAUCUGCUUCCAUGUUUGAGUGUUUCAGAGCCGUAGAGCUCUGUGUUAAAUGCCUGACCAAAAUAGACAAAGUCUGGGUCAAUGAGUUCCUGUUGAUUAUGUUGAAGACAUAUCUUCCUUUCCCAAAGGCUGUGGAUUAUCAAUGCACUCAUUUGGGUUCCUUGUUUGAAAAGAAAUAUGGAAAAGGGGCAAAAAAAAGUGAGGGGAUGAAAGAGUUGGCAUUCCCCCUUUUCUGUACUUAUUUAUUUAUUGUUAUUUAUUAUGGUUCUUCUGCUGAAACUCUUUUAUAAGACCAAAUCCAAGGGUGGGACACAGAUCACAAGUCUUAGAAAAAGCUGCAUUGCGAUAAAGAUUUUGACUCAACAUUUCCAUAUAAGUUAACGCCUUUUUUAUGGGCUGUGUGUCUUCUUUUGACGAUUCUUCCUCAAAUGCAUUCUUUGCACAUUUAACCCUGUCAGGUACUGCAAUAAUACAGGCACAUUCCAUCCUCCAGGAUAGAGAGAAGGGAACAGAGCAAAGAAGAAGUCAGGGGGUUUAAAACCUUCGAUGAAACUGGAACACAAAAUGACUUGUUGUUUGACAUGUUCAGCAUGCUUUUCUGUUGUUAAUUUAACAUGUAUAGUAGUGUAACACAUGUUAACAUGGCAGUUCUACAGAUCGGCCACUGCUGUUCUAAAGGGGCCAUUAUCAUUUGAGUUAAUCUAUCUUCAACCAAAAACCUUUUUAGUUUGCAUCAUGCUUUCCCUGGACCAGUACAUUAAGGCCUUUUGCAGGGUGUAAUGCAAUCAUUAAUGGUUUUAAACGGUUAAGCAGUUGUCUUUUUAUUUCCAAAUCUCUUGAAAACCAUGUCGUCAGAACCUGCUGUAGCAGUCAUGCUGGUCUGACUCUGUGUGCACUAUCCGUUCCUUGUUGUGUAGUAAACCUUUUUUUAAAUUUCCAGUUUAUUUGCACUAUGAGAUUUGAGAGCUUCAAGCCUUUUUGUCUGACCUUCAAUAUCUAGUCUAUUAACUCUCUCAAUUCCAUUUAAGAUUGUGAUUGAAAUACUUCUUUAAAACCUGCAUACAUAGAAUAAUCUUCCUCGUGCAUAAUAGUACAGAGUUAUAGUCAAUAUAUUAUAUAUUGGGAUGAAGUUGCCUUAGAUUUUUUUUUUUGAGCUGCAACUACUCUCAGGAAAUCUUGAGCAAUGCACUAAGUGAUUAUACACAAUAUAAAAUGGGAAGAAUGGUUUGGUGCUGUCGGGUGAUUGACACUCUUCAUGUAAGCGUAAGGCCAGUAGUUUCAAAAUAAGAGAUUUUGUAUGAUUUGAUGAUUGAAAACCAAAUUAAUUAAACCUAUUAUGAGAUUAAAAAAUAGGGAAAUAAUAGGUAUGAUAGUAAACUCCUGGCCUUACUGGAACCAGUCCUACUGGAAUGGCAGUAUGACAGUUGGUACUAUCCGUGAAGGGUGUUUGUGCUCCCAGUCGGAGCUUUGUGAAUGAAUGAGGGUUAACUGAUGCCAGCUGUGAAGUGUGUGUUUCUUUGUGAGCUGUUUGUUUUCUUGGCUUCGGUGAGGGGACAUGGGGUCUGGUCUGUGUAGAGACCCCGCUAUCAGGGAUACAUUUUUGUCUUUCAGUUUUUAGUGGAACCUUUUCAGAGGUAUGAAUUAAUUUUCCCAUCAUUUGUUUCAAUAAAUGUAAAGAAAAUAAAUAAACAUAUCUCAGCUUGA